UAGUACAUUAUUACCAAUGAAACUUUCUAUUUUCUUACUUACAGAAAUGUCCUCUUUGGAUCAUGGUUUGACAAAAAAAAAAAAAACAACCCAAGUGGGGGUUGAUUUAUUUUUGUAGGUGUUUGGAGAUUUGAGGUGCUGCUUUGAGUUUUCCUUUUGUGGGUUCUCCAGGAAUUGUAAGACCCAAUUUGGGAUUUGAAAGACAGCGGGUUUUUUUUUUUUUUUCCUUUUUCCUUUCCUUGAUUUGAGGAGGUUUUUUAGGGUUUUCAGGGAAUUUGGGAGUCUGAUUUGAUGACUUUCUUGGCUGUGGUGGCUGGGAACUAGUGUAUUUGAGAUCUAGUUGUGUGAUUUUGGGAGUUUUUUGGGCGAAUUCAGAGCAAGAGUGAAGGAUCAAGAGGUUCAAUCUUCAACAAGCCAUUUGUUUUUGGACUCACAAAGUACGUAUAUUCUUUGUAUGCCAUCUCUAUUCCUCUUCCAUCUUCACACAAUUAUGAAACUGGGUUCCCCUGCAAUCAGCUAGCGUGUACUUUCAUAACUAGUUCAAUUGUUCCUUUGUCAUUUUAUUUUGUUCAAGAUAUGGAUAUAAGUAACGAGGCCAGUGUCGAUCCAUUUUCUAUUGGGCCUUCAACGAUUGUUGGUCGGACAAUUGCUUUUAAAAUUUUAUUCUGCAAGUCAAUGUCACAUUUUGUGCAUCAGAUUUUUAAGGUGAUGUUGAGGUAUAUAUAUAGAACUAGGGACCUUUUGGAACCAGUAUUAUCAUGGCUGCAUCCCAGGAAGCCACAAGGGAUUUUGGCAAUGGUGACAAUGAUUGCUUUUCUGUUGAAACGUUACACAAAUGUGACAGAAGCAGAAAUGGCUUAUAAGAGAAAAUUUUGGAGAAAUAUGAUGAGGGGUGCAUUGACCUAUGAGGAAUGGGCUCAUGCUGCUAGGAUGCUUGACAAGGAGACCACAAAGAUGAAUGAAUCAGACUAUUACGAUGUAGAGCUUGUAAGAAAUAAGCUGCAAGAACUCCAUCACCGUCGCCAAGAGGGAUCUCUCAUAGAUAUAGUAUUUUGCAUGAGAGCUGAUCUUGUAAGAAAUCUUGGUAAUAUGUGCAACCCCGAGCUUCACAAGGGUAGGCUUCGUGUGCCCAGACUAAUCAAAGAGUAUAUUGAUGAAGCCUCUACUCAGCUGAGAAUGGUGUGUGACUCAGAUUCAGAGGAGCUUGCACUGGAAGAAAAGCUUUCUUUUAUGCAUGAAACAAGACAUGCCUUUGGUAGGACAGCUUUGCUUUUGAGUGGUGGUGCUUCCCUCGGAGCUUUUCACAUAGGUGUUGUCAAAACUUUGGUGGAACAUAAAUUGUUGCCUCGGAUAAUCGCCGGUUCAAGUGUCGGAUCUAUAAUGUGUGCUGUCCUUGCCACUAGAUCAUGGCCUGAACUUCAAAUUUUUUUUGAGGAUUCUUGGCACUCAUUGCAGUUUUUUGAUCAGUUAGGUGGGAUAUUUGCGGUUGUGAAGAGGGUCAUGACACAAGGGGCUGUUCAUGAAAUUCGGCAGUUACAGUGGAUGUUAAGGCAUCUCACUAGUAAUCUUACAUUUCAAGAAGCUUAUGACAUGACCGGUCGAAUUCUUGCAAUAACAGUUUGCUCUCAAGGGAGACAUGAGCCGCCUAGAUGCCUUAACUACCUUACUUCCCCUCAUGUUGUUAUAUGGAGUGCAGUGACUGCUUCUUGUGCCUUUCCUGUUCUUUUUGAAGCCCAGGAAUUGAUGGCAAAGGAUAGAAGCGGAGAGAUUGUUCCAUAUCAUCCACCGUUUACUUUGAAUCCCGAGGAGGGGGCCUCAGCCACAGUUCGUCGUUGGAGGGAUGGCAGCUUGGAGAUUGAUCUACCUAUGAUGCAAAUAAAGGAACUUUUCAAUGUUAAUCAUUUCAUUGUGAGCCAGGCAAACCCUCAUAUCGCACCAUUCCUGAGGCUGAAAGAGCUUGUGAGAGCUUAUGGUGGUAAUUUUGCUGCUAAGUUUGCUCAGCUGGUCGAGAUGGAGGUAAAACAUAGAUGCCAUCAGAUUCUGGAACUUGGUUUUCCAUUAGGGGGACUUGCUAAGCUUUUUGCUCAAGAUUGGGAGGGCGAUGUUAUCGUUGUUAUGCCUGCCACGGUUGCUCAGUAUUUGAAAGUUAUCCAAAAUCCAUCUUAUCUGGAACUUCAGAAGGCAGCCAACCAAGGUAGAAGGUGCUCAUGGGAGAAACUUUCAGCAAUAAAAGCCAACUGUGGCAUUGAACUUGCUCUUGAUGAGUGUGUUGCUAUUCUCAACCACAUGCGUAGACUCACAAGGAGUGCCAAGAGAGCUGCUGCAGCUUCCCAUGGCCUAGCUAGUACAGUGAAAUUCAGUGCUUCAAGACGAAUUCCUUCUUGGAACUGCAUUGCUCGGGAGAACUCAACUGGCUCCCUUGAAGAAGACCUCCAUACAGAUGUUGCUUCCUCACUACAACAAGGAGUUGCUAGUGCAGCCACAGGAGCACCUUCUAGUAGAAAUCUUCAAGCACCGCGUAAUGUCCAUGAUGGAAGCGACAGUGAAUCUGAAAGUGUAGAAAUAAAUAAAUGGACAAGAUCAGGUGGACCCUUGAUGAGGACUACUUCUGCAAAUACAUUUGUUGAUUUUGUCCAAAAUCUGGAUAUUAACCCUGAAUUGGCCAAGACUUGGAUGUCUCAUCCCAACUCUCCUGGUAGUCAGAUGGGUGGCAGGAAGUCAUAUAAUCAGAGCCUGCGAAUGACAUCACCAGGUAAAAUUUCAGAAAAUAUGUCUGAACUAAGAGAUUUUAGCGGUAGAGGACCUGGAAAUGGUUCUAGCAUUUUGGUUACUGAAGGUGAUCUUUUGCAGCCUGAAAGGAUCAAUAAUGGAUUUGUGUUUAAUAUUGUGAAGAAAGAGGACCUUGAAAUGUCAAUGAAGAGUGACGAUAUAGAAAGUUGCAGCAAUGAUGUUGCUGAAUGUGUGCAGCUCGACUGUCCAGAAAAGGAUAUGGAUGGUAGCUUCUCGUCUGAAUUCGAGGAUGAUGAUGUGACGUCAGUAAACUUCUUUCGUGGAGCCGCAUCCAGUGUUAAUUGUGUUGAUCAUUCCGGAGAAGAUGAUAGUAAUGAUCAAGUAGCGGUGGAGGAUGGUCAUGCUCGAUAACCAUUUGGCUUCAAGAUGUGAUUUAUGGGAUUUCAUUAACAGAUUUUUGUCAAUAUGAAGUCUCACAUAGUCAUAGACUACACCAAGUUGGCGGAGUUGAGAUGUUGCCCUUUCCAGAUCUGUGCUUCAACCGCAGCUUCUCUCUGAGGUGCCAGACACAAGUUGCUCACGCUGAGACGAAAGGAAGGUGCUCUGCCCUGCAUAAUCCUGAUAUUUAGUGAAGAUACACCAUCUCCUUUUGAAUAAGCACUGUGAAUUAAUUUUGCCUGACCGGGCCAAGCUCUAGUUCUUAUAUUUUAUUAUGAGAAAUUAUUUCUCCCCCUUUCCCCUAGAUGGUUGCGCAUGUAAAUAGAUGUGAUGUUCUAGUUGUUCAAAAAAGAACAUACAUGAUGUACUAGCAAAGUUAAUGCAGUCAAGAGUGGAUUCAAUGUCCGAGUAUUUCUUUCUCGCAGAAAUGGCGAGCCUGGUAUGUUUGUUUA